AUGCAGGCUCUCGCCAAGGGCAUGGCGCUGGUCGGCGUGGCCGGCCUGUCGGCAGCCGCAGGUCGCCGAGCAGCCUGCCUGCGGCCCUUGAGCAGCUACACGAGCGCCACCGCCGACGUGAUUGACCCACCGCCGCCACAGAAGGUGCCGCCACCUCUGCCCUGCUGCCGCUGCCGCCACUGCUGCCACCGCCUCGCCAGCAAUCAGCAGCUCGCGCGCCCGCUCCUGGCCGGCCCAUCAGCGCAGAUCAAGGUGGCGCUGUGCCAGCUGGCGGUGGGCGCCGACAAGCAGGCCAACCUCACCACCGCCCGCAGCGCCAUUGAGGAGGCGGCCACGGCAGGUGCCGACCUGGUGGUCCUGCCUGAGAUGUGGAACUGCCCCUAUUCCAAUGACUCGUUCCCCACCUAUGCCGAGGACGUGGAGGCAGGGGACUCACCCUCCACAUCCAUGCUGUCGGCAGCCGCCGCCGCCAACCGCGUAGUGCUGGUCGGCGGCAGCAUCCCCGAGCGAGCAAACGGCGGGCGCCUGUACAACACUUGCUUUGUGUAUGGCCGCGACGGCCGCUUGCUAGGCCGGCACAGGAAGGUGCACCUGUUUGACAUCGACAUACCCGGCAAGAUAACGUUCAAGGAGAGCCUGACGCUGACGCCAGGGGAGGGGCUGACGGUGGUGGGGCGCCUGGGCAUCGGCAUCUGUUAUGACAUCCGCUUCCCUGAGCUGGCCUUGCUGUAUGCGGCGCGGGGGGUGCAGCUCAUCGUGUACCCGGGCGCCUUCAACAUGACCACCGGCCCCGUGCACUGGGAGCUGCUGCAGCGGGCGCGCGCGGUGGAUGGCCAGCUGUUUGUGGCCACCUGCUCGCCGGCGCGCAGCGAGGGGACAGGCUACAUCGCGUGGGGCCACUCCACCGCGGUGGGGCCCUUUGCCGAGGUCCUGGCAACCACAGACGAGAAGGCGGGGAUUGUGUACUGCCACAUGGACUUUGCGCAGCUGGGCGAGCGGCGCGCAAACAUGCCGCUGCGACACCAGAAGCGAGCCGACCUCUACUCGCUGCUGGACCUCACGCGGCCCAACAGCUUGAGUAACGCCGGCCUGCACAAUGGACCAGUUCAGCGCACACUUGCAGGGUCCAGCGGCAUUGUGGGCAGCGGCAUCACCCGCCAGCUCUUGAUGGAGGGCGCGAAGGUGGUGGCCCUGCUGCGCAAGGUGGACCAGAAGGCAGGCCUGCUCAGGGACUGCCAGGGCGCCCCCAUUGAGAACCUGUACCCUGCGGUGGUGGAGGAUGUGAGCAAGGAGGAGCAGUGCGCGGCAUUCGUGCACGAGGUGGUGGAGCAGCACGGGGCCAUUGACCAUGCCGUGAGCUGCUUCGGUGCCUGGUGGCAAGGCGGCUUGCUGACGGAGCAGAGCUACGCCGAGUUCAGCCGCGUGCUAGCCAAUUUUGCGGGGAGCCAUUUCACCUUUGUGAAGUACAUUCUGCCCGCCAUGCGCCAGUCACACACAAGCAGCAUGCUGUUUGUCACAGGAGGCGUGGGCAAGCGCGUGCUGAGCGCCGACUCGGGGCUGGCCACCGUGGGCGGCGCCGCCCUGUACGGCAUUGUGCGUGCGGCGCAGGCGCAGUACCAGGGCCGCCCGCCGCGCAUCAACGAGCUCCGCAUAUUUGCGCUGGUCACGCGGCACGGGGAGAUGCCCCGCUCGCACUCCAGCAUCGUGGAGGGGCUGCGGGCACACUCCAACCGCAAGGUGGGAAACCUGGCUGCGGAGGCGCUGGCGGCGGCGGCCGACGAUGAGCUGCUGGAGGUGACCUCGGAGCGGCUGGAUGGCGUGAUGCUGAUGGUGGGCGACUAGGCAGCUGAGC